UGGAUUUCUAUUCCGCUAACCAUGCUAAUCAGGAGAAAAAGGUUUUGCCUCAGAAAGACAAGUAAAUCCACAAUGGAAUCUCAGUGUCAGUAUGCUUCUCUCAGUCCAAGCACUUAGAACUUCAUGAGUGGAAUUCUAGACGCUUUAACAUGGACACCAAAAUAAACAGUAACAGUGAGCGAGUGAGCUUGUAGAAGAAUUUGAAAAACUUAGUUCUUCAAAGUAACUGCCGCCAUUAAUCUUGAAAGGUGAACAGGAGCUAUGAGACUGCGUGUUUGAGGGAGGCUGGAAGCACCACACACCAGAAAGAUAACAAAAACAAGGGGGUGGAUAACGCCGUAGGAUAUUGCAUGGUCAGUUUAUUGUUUCCAUUACACUCGUGUUUCGCCCAGCGCACGGCGCUGAAGGCGAUGCCAACGCGGGGCGGCUACACCUGGCCCCGCGCACCGGCUUUGAAGUCUCGCUGUUGCCUGCUGAAUUCUGACAGGAAUGAAGGAGAAACCAUUCCCUCCACGCGUCGAAGCAGCUUUCAUGUCACCUCUGGGCCAUGGUGGGCGAGGAGCUGAGGGCUGAGCGGCCCCACAGCGUGCGCGCUGCGGGGUGCCGCUGUGCCUGCGAGCCGGGCCUGGGGCUGAGCGCCUCAGCCGUGCCCUGCCACCGGCGCCGGGGCGGGGAGGAGGCCGGGCUGCCAGCUCUGCCGCCCGGAAGGACGGUGUCUGCCUGUCCCGUGACCGUGGUCCAGCCGGAGACACCGCAUCGUGCGCUGCCCGCCUCAGCCGGGGCCGCCGAGGGGAGCCGCCAUGGCGGCGGAGGCUCCCGGCACCCUCCCGGUUCAGCUGGUGGAGCAGCCCAGAUUGCAGAAGCUGAAGGAGUUGUUUAUAUCAAAAUUUGGAUCGGCUCCCAAGUUUUAUGUUCGUGCACCGGGGCGAGUCAACUUAAUAGGAGAACAUAUAGACUACUGUGGUUAUGCUGUGCUCCCUAUGGCUAUAGAACAAGAUAUACUGAUUGCAGUAGAACCUGUAAAAACUCAAGUUGUGCACCUGGCAAAUACCAAUUCAUUGUAUUUGAACAUUUUGGUCUUAAUAACCCAACUGGAAUGAAUUGUCUGCUAGAUGGAACCAUCCCUCCAAGUUCUGGUCUUUCUAGCUCCAGUGCUUUGGUGUGCUGUGCAGGACUCGUGACACUAAGAGCUAAUGGAAAAACCCUCUCUAAGGUGGAACUUGCAGAAAUUUGCACAAAGAGCGAACGUUACAUUGGCACAGAAGGUGGAGGAAUGGACCAGUCAAUCUCUUUUCUGGCAGAAGAAGGAACUGCCAAGUUGAUAAAGUUCAGUCCUCUGAGGGCAACUGAUGUUAGACUUCCAAGUGGAGCAGCGUUUGUUAUUGCUAACAGUUGUGUUGAAAUGAAUAAAGCAGCAACUUCUCAUUACAAUAUUAGGGUAAUGGAGUGUCGUCUGGCUACAAAGCUUCUUUCAAAGUCAAAAGGCUUGGACUGGGAAAAAAUGUUGAGACUCCACGAUGUGCAAACUAAGCUAGGAGUUAGCCUGGAGGAAAUGCUGACCAUUGUCGAGGAGGUAUUACAUCCUGAGCCUUACAGCGCAGAGGAAAUUUGUAAAUGCCUGGGAAUUAGCCUGGAGGAGCUCCGCUCUCAGAUCCUGAGUCAAAACACGCGAGACGUUUCCACCUUUAAGUUGUACCAGCGUGCAAAGCAUGUGUACAGCGAGGCUGCGAGAGUGCUGGAAUUCAAGAAGAUAUGCAGCGAAGCACCUGCCAAUGCGCUCCAGCUGCUGGGAGAAUUAAUGAACCAGAGCUAUAUCAGCUGCAGGGAGAUGUAUGAGUGCAGCUGUCCUGAACUGGAUCGCCUGGUAGACAUCUGCCUGCAAUUUGGGGCCAUCGGGUCACGUCUGACUGGAGCUGGAUGGGGUGGCUGCACUGUGUCAAUGGUGCCUACUGACAAGUUGAACGCUUUCCUAAAAGAUGUAAAAAAAGCUUAUUACCAAAGUGAUGUCCAAAGGUUAGCACUGGAGAAGAACAGUCUGUUUGCCACCAAACCUGGAAGAGGAGCUUUGGUUUUUGUUGAGGCCUGAAGAACGUAAAAACUCUGAAACUAUGUAGGGCAUUUGGAACUGGCAGUACUUCCCAUGCCACAGCAAAUGAAUGCCUUUGCUGGUUUUUACUGUAACGAGCAGUUGCUAUUAUCAAAAUAUAUUUCUGAAGAAGUGAUUAAACAAACACUCUUUGAUUAUAAAGUCUUUUUUUUUUCCUUCCAUAGUAAAAAUAUCUUUCAGUAUAAACACUGAUUUACCAAAACCUAUUGACAAGGAAAACUGAAACCGAAAUAAAGAUGAUACUUGGUUACAGUGGA